AUGCUUUAAAAGAAAUAACACUAAAAAACAUAAUCAACUGAAUUGUCUAAUUAGGCAUUAAUGAAUUAUUUAUCAACUCGAGAAGCUUUAAAUGUUAGAAUCUCUAAUUCUCCAACAUUGCAAUUUGAGUUAAAAGUAUAAAUUUGUGUACACAAAUAAGAAAUAAAUAGGUCCUCAAUCAAGUCCUUUGUUGAAAUCAAAUAGUUCUUAACCAAACCUAAAAUUAUCAUAAUAAUAGUAAUUAAACACAUAAUCUAGGUAAAAUUCAAUAAAAUUAUAACAAUAAAAUGUGCUAUAAUCAAAAGGGUUCAUGUCACCUAAAGUAAUAAGUUAAGAAAGGCUGAAUCAUAAAACAUAAGUGAAAAGUAAUGCAAAUCAUAUGAAAACACAACCUAACUCUAAUCAAAAUUCAUAAACAAAAAUCAAAUCUAUAGAAAAUUUAUUGGAUGAAUAUACUAUCACAUGUAUUUAUAUAUAAUUAAUUUAAGCUCCUACAUAAUUAUUAAAAUAAGAUAUUUUGAAAACAUUACCUUUUUCUGUAUCUACAAAAGCUGAUUAAAACUUGAAAUAAAAGGCUUUAUAAGCAAUCUAAGAAAUUAAAUAAAAAUAAUCAUUAGACAUAUUAUCUAGAUUGAAUUUUUAAAAAUCUUCAGUCGUAUAGAGUGCAAAAAACCAAUCAUAAUAAAUUCCAUCAUUAGGGUAAUUAGAAGGCCAAUUAAAAUUUCAUUAAAAAUCUAAUAGUGCUCAAUUUAUAGAAACAUAAAAAUUCUAAACCCUUGCAAAUUCUUAACCUCUCUUAGAAUUUGCUUUAGAUAAAAAAAAACCAAUAACUACUAGGUAAUAUAAUGAAUUAAUUUAGAAAAUGUUAAUAAGAACUAAUAGCAAUAAUUGUUCAAUAUAAAUAAUUUAAAUAAAAAAUGACUAUUGAUAUCUCGACAAAUAAAAUAUCUUGGCUUGUAGAAACAAUUAGAAAAGAAUUAAUAAAUCAUUUUGGAAAUUCAUGUUAACCAAUAAUAGGAAUAAAAACAGCCAAUAUUUCUAUACCUGUAGAUUAUAUACUUUCUAAUAUUGAAAGACCUUUGUCUUUAUUAUCUAAUUGUCCAAUAUAACCAGUGAUUCUCGAACCUAUUAUUAAUGUUGAAUAAGAACUAAAAUAGACUCGAGUUAGUUUAAGAGACUUUGAAUUUAUUCGAUGCAUAGGUGUUGGAGGUUUCUCUAAGGUUUAUUUGGUAAGAGAAACAAGAACAGGUUAAUUUUAUGCUAUGAAAUUGGUAGAAAAAAAACCAAUCAUGUAAUAAAAUAAAUAAAACAUUAUUCAAAAUGAAAGAGAUAUAAUGAUUAAAUUAAAUCAUCCCUUUAUUGUUAAAAUGCAAUAUGCAUUUGAAUCUAGAAAAUACUUAGUUUUCGUAUUAGAAUAUUGUUCUGGAGGAGAAUUAUUUUAUCUACUUAGAAAAGUAUAAAUUAUUAAUUUAUAUUAAGGUUAAAAAAAUGAGUGAAGAAGAAGCUUAUUUUUAUUUUGCAGAAAUUUGUUUAGGAAUGAAGAAUUUACAUAAUAAUAAUAUUAUUUAUAGAGAUAUAAAACCUGAAAAUAUCUUAAUUGAUUUUGAUGGUCAUAUUAGAAUAGCUGAUUUUGGUUUAUCUAAACCACAGAUGGAUAAUUAAGAUAUUGCUUAUUCAUUUUGUGGAUCACCUGAAUACAUGGCUCCUGAAAUGUUAUUAAAAUAGGGUCAUACAUUCUAAUUAGAUCUUUAUUGUUUAGGAGCUUUGUUAUAUGAAUUAAUAACUGGUUUACCACCUUUUUAUUCAAGAAAUACAGAUGAAAUGUAUUAAAAAAUACUUAAUUAAAAAUUGAAUUUUCCAUCUUAAUUGCAAAUGUCAUAACUUCUAAAAGAUUUGUUAAAUAAUUUAUUAGCAAAGACUCCUAACAAAAGAAUAGAUGAUAUUGAUUCUCUUUUAAAUCAUCCAUGGAUGACUUAAUGGAGUGAUAAGAAUUCAUAUAAGGAUUUCUUAAUGAAAAAAGUUAAACCACCAUUCAAACCAGAUUAUUUUACAUUUAAUUUUGAUGAAGAAGAAUUUGGUAGAGGAGAAAGUGAAUUUCUUAUGUAAAUCAAACCACUAUAAUAAAAUUUAAUAGAAAAUUUUCCAAAAGAAAUCUUACUUAAGAAUUUUUAUUAUAAUCAUAAUGAAAAUAAUGUAGCUGAAAGCACUGGUGGUACAAAUUUGAAUGCAAAAUUACAAGAAGAACUAUAAUCUUAAGGAACUUAUGGAUAAAAAUCAAAGAGACUCAAUAAAAUUGAUGAUGAAAAUACAAAUUAUGUUAACGAAUAAAAAGCUUUCCUAUUAAAUUAAUUAAGAUUAUAAACAGAGAAUGAAAUAAAAAGAAAAUCUGCAUUAUGA